GGCCCACUCUGUGCCCAGCCUGUCAGGGGCUUUUUGUGUGCAUAAACUUUUUCAUUUUUUCUUCUUAUUUUUCUUAUCCAUCGUUCAGCCCUCGGAGUGCGCAGCAUGCAGAGAGAUUGUUGAUGAGAGAAAGAGAGAGAGAGAGAGAGUAAGGAGAAACCAUGCAGUAUCUGAGGCAACCCAGUGAGCCCAGUGACCGAGCCUGACAACCUGAUCCCCCCGGACAACCAGGGAACAGCAGUCUGGUCAACCACAAGACCCGGUGACACACACACAUCUCCAACUGGAGAAAGAGAGAGAAAAAGAGGAAAAGAGAGAAAGAGAGGGUAGACCACCAGAUGUGUGAGAGAGAGCAGAGAGAAGGAGAUGCUCAGAGGGACCGGACAGUGACCAGGAAGGAGACCAUAGGAAGAGAGAGAAAGGAGUGCGACCACUGACAGAACACCUGGGGUUGUAUUGAAAUCUGGAUUGUUUGUAAAGUGGUGUUUGACUUUGGUUCUGUGCUUCUGUUAAUCUGAGAGACAACAGGAGUUCCGAGAGAAAGUUCUGUGUUACGUCCUGCCUACAGUACUGCCUCUUUGUGGAAGCACUGCGCUACACGACUGCUACAGGUGUUCUGAAGAGGUCAAAAUAUUCACCUAAGAGAAGGAGCACAGAAAUAGGACAGACACAUAGAAAGGAACAUAGAAAGAACACAGAAAGGAACAUAGAAAGAACAUACAUUUAGUAAGAAAGAAAAAAAUACUUCAGAAAAGCCCAGAAGAACAAAGAGGGUAAGAGAGAGAAUAACAGGUCUAGAGACAGACAGAAACAGAUAGACGAAAAGACAGGAUGGCGAACUCGGGUUUCCAGUUGCUAGGUUACUUCCUGGCAUUGGGUGGUUGGAUAGGCAUCAUCUCCACCACUGUGCUGCCCCAAUGGAAGCAGUCUUCGUACGCGGGUGACGCCAUCAUCACGGCUGUGGGGCUCUACGAAGGCCUGUGGAUGAGCUGUGCCUCACAGAGUACGGGACAGGUGCAGUGCAAGGUGUUUGACUCCAUGCUGUCACUGGACGUGCACAUCCAGACGUGUCGUGCUCUUAUGGUGGUGUCCGUGCUGCUGGGCUUCAUAGGAAUGAUAGUGAGUGUGGUGGGGAUGAAGUGCACUAAAGUGGGCGACAACAACCCCAUCUCCAAAGGACGCAUAGCUGUGUCUGGAGGAGCCCUCUUCCUGCUCGCAGGUCUGUGCACGAUGGUGUCUGUGUCCUGGUACGCCACUCAGGUGUCCUAUCAGUUCUUCAACCCAAACACACCAAUCAAUGCCAGGUAUGAGUUUGGGUCUGCCCUGUUCGUGGGAUGGGCGGCGGCUAGCUUGACUGUUUUGGGCGGAUCCUUCCUGUGUUGCUCCUGCUCCAAUGAGGAGAGGCGAGGGCAGCAGUACUACCGCCAAUCACAACCAUCCACAGCCAGGGAGGCAGAGUUGUUGAGUGAGACUAGUUUCCCUGACUGACCACCCCCUGCCUUUUUUCGAGGACUGUCCGAGUUACGCUCACUGUUUCCCCUUUCCCUGUUCCUUCCUAGAUUCAAAAUGUGGACCCUUGUCUCUCCGCUAUAGCAUAUGUCGCACCCCUCUACCUCCCUCCCACCAGCCCCACAUUCCCACCAACCCCACACUCCCUUCCUUAAUGUCUGCACCUUAUCUGUCUCUGAUAUUAAGUUAUUGGUCAACAAAAUUUCCGCCACACCUUUAAGAGCUUUCCACUCCCCUUUCCCUCACCCCCUUGAGGUUGUUUGUAAAUAGGGACUCUGAAAGGAGAAGUAUGGUUAGGUGGUUAGACCCCACCUUUCAGACUAGAGGGGUGGCAUUACUGUAUUUCAUCCUGUGAACCCUUUACUAGAAACUCCAUUUUGUCCUUUUAUCGUUUAUUUACUGAACUUUAAUUGUAUAGGUAAGAUUUGUCAUGUCAUGUUUUGUUGAUUUCUGCUUCACUGAUAUCCUAUGAUUUCUGGGUUUGUAGAUAUGUGCCUUUUGGUUUUGUUCUCUGAGAAUACAAGUGUACAUUUACUGAAACAUGUUUUUUUCUUUUAAAUUGCAGACCAAAUGUUAAAAGUUCCCCACCAGAGAAAAAGGAGGAAUACUUAUAGUUUGGGCGACUCCUUUGGCCCCACGAUGUGUUAGAUUGUUGGCAAAAGGCAAGACACUGUCUAACAGAAACAGACAAGACACUGUCUCAAUGAAAACAAAAGCAGACAAGACACUAUAGGAAACACACUCUCAGAAUGUAACAAAAUAAACUCAGAAUACACUUUUGAAUUAAUACAUCUCCAGACCAACCCAAAUGGGUAACUAGUAUUUUAUCAUUCUUAAAGAUGCCCAUGUGUUAAAUGUUUAAAUGUAUUUUAGAAUCUAUUUUGUACACAAGCAAUAUUGAAGUCUUUUUUUUAUAGUAGAGUGUUGUUACAGCAAUAUGCACAGGUAUUGUCCGUGCUCACCUAUGACAUAUAACUGUUAUUUGGAAAAUUGAGAGAGAGUGAACCUGAUUCUGUACUACUACACAGAAGUGCCCAGGUGCAUAUACCACCACCUCCAGCCUUUCUGCUACAUAUAUGCUCUACUGCAGUGCCUUAUAACGUGUGUCUGUGUGUAUGUUUUUGACUGUUAUACACGGAUUCCGCAGUGUCACAUCCUAUAUGGAUGAUGCAUAUCAUACCCGUAUUGUAAAACAUAUCCGUGCUCGUCUUUUUCUCUUGCAUUAAAUGAUCCAUUCAGACAAACUGUUGCAUGCAGUUUUAUCUCGGAACAUAGAUGUUAACUGUACUGUAGCUAGUAUACCACUUAAAAAACAACAGAAAGACAGAUUUGUAAAUGGCCCUAACGGAUGAAAGCGAAGGCACACCGUGUCAAAGCUGUGAGCCUGUUUGGAAGUAGUACAUGUACUGUAUCCCGGAUUGAGGAUAUUAUACCUGCAUUCUGUUUAGUUAAGUGGCAAUAUGAUUUAGUGUGGAUGGAAGAGAUGUUUUGUUAUUGACUAUGGAGAAUGUUCUGUACUCCAGGUGCUGAAAGCACUGUCUCCUGUACAAGCCCUGUAUUGGCCAGUUUGCGGAAUGUAAUCAGGUCAAACGUGUUUUUCUGUUGCAUACAUUUAGUUACCAUAUAUUUUCUUGAUCUAAUAUUCUCUAUUAUUAUUUUACUGUAUGUAUCAUCUCAUUUAAUGUAUACUCCUGUCUGUUUCUUUUAAAAUAAAGUAAACGGAUAAAAA